GUUGUGAAAACCAGCUGAAGGUUUCCUCCAUAUUUAUUACUCUGAGGUUUUCUUUUUUUAUUACUAUUAUGAACUUUCCUCUCAGUGGCUCUCAGUGUGAUGGAAACAGAAAUGUAAUCACUCUGUGGUUUAUCACAGGAAGAACUAACGGCAACUUGUUGCUCUUCUCUGCAGCCCAGCAGGACAGAAUCAGCAGUUCUGCUAAUGCACUGGUAAAUAUAUAUGGAGCAGCUGGAGAAGAGGUCAGCAUUUCUUGUGGCUUUUCUUUCUCUGGAGCCUGGAAGAUCUUCUGCAGGGAAAACUGUGAAGGAGGAAACAUCCUGAUUGAAACAAGACAACCUACCGCUCAGAGAGGAAGAUACAGAACUGAAUGUGUUGAAGAAGCUAGUCCUAAUGGUGUUUUUUCUCUCUAUGUGAGCAUCUCAGCGCUGACCCGGUCCGAUGAAGGAUGGUACCGAUGCGGUUUGGGCGACUCGUCAUCAUCAGUUUCAUACCAAGACUUCAGACUGGUUGUUGUAGACGACCUGCUGGAGUCAAACAAAGUUCAUCACCUCCAUAAAGACGCUGGCAGCUCACUGACAGUCGCCUGUUCCUUUAAAAGCUCUGGAAGGAAACGACUGUUCUGCAGAGGAGRAUGUGAAGAAGUUCUGGUUCUGACUGAUGGAGUCACAGCUGAAAAAGGCAGAUACAAGAUAGAAUAUGARGAACAAAUAUCCAGAACAGUUCUGUUGGUGACCAUCACACAGCUGGUCCAGUCUGACUCAGGAUGGUACCAGUGUAAACUGGACAGAACUGGUUCAAGUAGUUUAUAUGGAGAUUUUCAUGUCUCUGUCAGAACUGCCUCCACACCAUCAACUGGAACCAGUUUCAGCUCCAGUUCAGGAAGCUUCACACCUUCACUUCCCUCUGAAACCUCUGGUCUGAAUCAGGAGAACUCGACAUCUAAAGGUUCACCAACCCACAUGACAGCUGGUUUUAUUCUGAUGUCUGUGGGUCUGACUCUGAUUAUCAUCACCGCGCUGCUGACAGUGGCUCUGCUGGUUUGUUGCACAAAACAAUUUGGUAAACAUCAGAGAGAUUCAAGGAGGAGGAGAGACGAUGGAGUAAAGAUGGAGGACAUUUAUGAGAACGUUUCCUCUCAUGACUCAACCUACCAGAGCCUCAGUCCUGCCAACACAAACCAGAACCUGAUCUACUCUACACUCUCACAGCCCAAAUGAGACUCUGGACUUCAGGUUCUGGACCUCAGGGCUGCAGUUUGUUCAGUGAAGCUGAAACCUGAAGAAAAUUGGAUUUACACACUGAACUUCAGUCUUUACUCUGUCUGAGCUGCAGCAAUCUUAGAAUGGGGUUUUUACAGGCUGGAAGGUCUUCAGCUAUUUUGCUAUGAUUAAAACCUCUUCAGUUUAAAUAUAGAGAAAAGUUUCUGUUUUUCUUCCUUGAACAUUUGUUUUCUACUGGCAAAUACCAUCAGCAGAUUUCUGAACAAACUCAGCCACUGUGUCAUUUUUCUGUUAAGUCAUCAUUUCUUCCAGAUUGCUUUACGUAUUAAAACCUGUUUUUUUGGAUUCAUUCCUGAUAUGUGCUAAUUUGUGUUUCGAAUAUCCCUCUUAGAAACUGGAGAUGACAAAAAUAUUAGGUUUUUCUUUUCCAUUGGCUGGAAUGGCUGCUAGGCGACGGUAUUUGUUGAACUGUGAGCAGAGAGGUAUCCCAGGGCAGAUUUGAUCUGUGCAGAGAGAAAACGGGGAGAACAGAGAAUAUUUGAAAGAGAGCAGAGAGAUGAAAUCCUGCUUUAAAACUGAAAACAUAAGCUCUUGAUUUAUGGCAGUAAUUUCCCCCCACAUCGGAUGAGUGUGUUUUUUAUGGGCAAAGUUUUGAGAACAAAAAACAUGCUUUCAGAUUGAACAUGUGCUCUUAGAUUAUGGCAGAAAAUUUCCCCCAUAGCUUUUCAGAUGUGUUAAAAUUAGUUUGGAGUGCAAAACUGCAAUGAAAUGUAUUUUUUUUCGCAUCACACGAGUCUCAUGAUCUACGAUCAGAUGUUGGCGAAAACGCUAAAAAAGACAACAGGAAGUGGUUGGAUGUUGAUGGCGUGGCAUGUUUUUCUUAUGUCACAAACAUGCCUGUUCACAAGGUGCAGUGCAAAUUUUGGGACCAGGCCUUAGAGGUUAUCCAACUGUAACCAGCAUAUUAACAACUUUCAUUAUCGUCCGCCAUGGUUGUUGUUUUUCUUCCCGCUUGCUCAUCUUCUUCAUGAGGACCUUGAGGAAGAACCACCUGUCCUCAGAGAUCAUCAUGAACUUCUACCGCUGCACCAUCGAGAACAUCCUCACCAACUGCAUUACCGUUUGUUAUGGGAACUGCUCUGUCUCCGACCGGAAGGCGCUGCAGAGGGUGGUGAAAACUGCCCAGCACAGCGCCGGGGCACCGCUCCCUGCCAUCAAGGACAUCUACAGGAAGAGGUGUCUGAAAAGGGCUGGGAAAAUCACCAAGGACUUCACUCCCCCCGCACACACACUCUUCUCCCUCCUGCCCUCUGGGAGGCGUUACAGAAGCCUACGGACCAGAACCACCAGGCAUCGGAACAGCUUCUUUCCCACAGCUGUCACGCUCCUGAACGCCUCCUGACACAACUAUAAGGACUGCACCCCCCAUCCCCCCAUACAACAAUAACAUACGGACUGUCCUCACACUCAUACAUAAUCUGUAUAUAAUCUGGAAAUCUUAUUUGCCAUUAUCUAUCUUGUAUUGUGAAUCUACUAAUACAUAUACAAUUCAUUCCCAACAUUUCUGUAUAUUCUGUAUAAUCUGCAUAAUCUGUAUAUGUGCACAUAGCUCCCAUAGUUUUUAUUUAUAUUAUUUUUAUACUGAACAUUUUAUUUUUAUAACAACCUUUGUACAC